AAAAAAAAAAAAAAAAAAUUCAUAUAGACAACAAAUUCCACUUUAUUAGUAAUUAAAGAUCUCUUUUUAAUAAUCCCAAGAUAAAGGGGAACAUACUACUGUAGAAAGACAUAAUUAACCAAGAAUCCUCACACUAUAAAUUAGCUAGCCAAUACCCAACGCUCAUCACCAUCCUCUGCAUCUUCUCUGAGUUAAUUUGUUCACAUAGCUUUCUUUCUAAGUUCAUAAAGAUGGAGCAAGAAAUAAAAAAGAGAAACGAUGGUGAUGAAACAAGUGAACACGAUGAUGAGAAGUGGGUGUUUGAUUCAUCAUUGGAUCAUAAAGGAAGGGUUCCUCUCCGAGCAUCGACCGGUGUCUGGAAAGCAUCUCUCCUCAUCAUAACAAUUGAGUUCAGUGAGAGGCUGGCCUACUUUGGAAUAGCUACAAAUCUCAUCACAUACCUCACCGGAGUGAUGAAACAGGAUCUCAAAACAGCAGCAAAGAAUGUCAAUUACUGGUCAGGAGUGACGACGGUGUUGCCACUGGUCGGAGGGUUCAUUGCUGAUGCCUACACUGGUCGAUUUUCUUUAAUCUUGCUAUCCUCCAUCAUCUACCUUAUGGGUUUGUCCUUCUUGACAAUUUCUGAAUUCAUCCCAAGCUUAAAGCCAUGUGAUACAGAAGUGUGUUCCCAUCCGAGGAAGGUUCAUGAAGUGGUCUUCUUCUCCGCAAUGUACUUCAUCUCUUUAGGAACUGGAGGACAUAAACCAUGCUUGGAAAGCUUCGGAGCUGAUCAGUUCGAUGAUGAUCAUUUGGAAGAAAGGAAGCAGAAGAUGUCUUUCUUCAACUGGUGGAACUUUGCUCUUUGUUGUGGGCUGUUGCUUGGUGUAACAUUGAUUGUUUAUGUUGAAGACAGUGCGAGCUGGGGUGUUGCAGAUCUUAUUCUCACUGUUACUAUGGCCAUUUCAGUCAUAAUCUUCUAUUCUGGGAAGCCGUUUUACCGAUAUAGGGUGCCAGAGGGCAGCCCUUUAACACCCAUGUUGCAGGUUUUGGUUGCAGCCAUGACCAAGAGAAAUCUAACCUAUCCUUCUAGCCCUGCUUUGUUACAUGAAGCUCAGAAGUCGGAGAAGUCCCAAGGGAGGUUCCUGUGUCAUACAAAUAAUUUCAAAUUUCUUGACAAAGCUGCAAUAAUUGAAGACGACGAGAAUUCAUCUGUGAAGAAGAAACAAAGUCCACGGAGACUAGCAACAGUGACAAGAGUUGAGGAAUUGAAACUUGUACUAAACAUGAUCCCCAUAUGGUUAACUUCCUUAACAUUUGGAGUUUGUGUGGCACAAGCCUCAACAUUUUUCAUCAAACAAAGCAGCACAAUGAACAGAAAGAUAGGUAACAAUUUCGAGAUCCCACCUGCUAGUGUUUAUUCUCUCGCGGCCAUUGGAAUGAUAUUCUCAGUCACCGUCUAUGAGAAGAUCCUAGUUCCGAUACUAAGAAGAGCCACCGGCAAUGAAAGAGGCAUUGAAAUACUCCAGAGGAUUGGUAUCGGCAUGAUAUUCCCAGUUGCAUCGAUGGCUACUGCAGCUUUGGUUGAAAGCAAGAGGCUAAGAAUCACAAACAAAGAAUCCAUGAGUGUGUUUUGGCUAGCUCCCCAGUUCAUAAUUCUUGGUAUAGGAGAUGGGUUCACUCUGGUUGGCUUGCAAGAAUAUUUUUAUGAUCAAGUUCCAGAUUCAAUGAGAAGCUUAGGUAUAGCUUUCUAUCUCAGUGUGAUCGGAGUUGGGAAUUUCUUGAGCAGUUUUCUGAUAACUAUUGUGGAUCAUAUCACUGAGAAAGGUGGGACUAGUUGGUUUGGUAAGGAUUUGAAUAGAAGCCGAUUGGACUAUUUCUACUGGUUAUUGGCAGCCAUGAAUGGGUUGAAUUUAUGUAUAUACGUGCUCUUGGCAAGGAAGUAUACUUACAAGAAUGUGCAGAAAAGUGUGGUUAUGACUGAUUUCUAUGUGGGUGAUAGGACUGGGUCAAUGGCUUGAGUUUCUUAUUUUUGGGAAGUUAAUGGCUAGACUCUUUUCUACUUCAUAAGGGGGUGAUGUUGCUUGCUUUCCCAUGAUCUUGAGAAUUCACAAAGCAAUUUAAAGCUUUGUAGAUUAUGUUGUGUACCAGCAAACUCUUGCACUACCAAGGAGCCAAGAGGGGGAUCUCUCUCUCUCUCUCUCACACACACACAAACACAGCUCCACCUUACUGGGAUUACUCGUUUUCUUAUUAACCAUUCACUACUAUUAUGUAUUGUUCCUCAGUUGGAAAAAACAUGGAUUCAAUGCACUUCUAUAUCAUGCCAAUGAUGCCAAA